UCUCCGUGUCUCCUCCCAAGUCCCUCUUUCAAUUUUUGUGUCUUAAAAGUCGUCAGAAAUUUGGGGUUCCGAUUUCAAGAAAGAAAACUACAUUUAAUGGGAAUUUGGAGUGUUUGUUUCUUACCAUUCCCAACUAUCAUCAUUAUUAUCAUCACCACUUGUUGCAGAGCCUUCAUGGUGGUGGAAGCAGGGAAUAGAAAAAUCCUAGUCUCUCCUAUGAAAACAGUUGUUUUAGUUGUUUUGCAAGGUACACAUGAUGAACCAAUGCUUUCUUCUUCCUCUCCUCCUCCUUCUCCACCACCACCCGUGGAUGCUUCGUUUAAGCCCAGCAUGGCAGUAGUUAUUGGUGUUUUAACUACCAUGUUUUCCGUUACAUUUCUACUUCUUCUAUAUGCAAAGCAUUGUAGAAGAAAUCACGAGUCUUCUUCUGCCACAACAGGGGAACACCACCACCACCACCACUCCAGAGGUGGUGGUGGUGGAGGAGGGAGAAGAAAUUCUGGGAUCGAUAGAGCGGUGAUAGAGUCGUUGCCAAUUUUCAGAUUCGGAGCGUUGAGGGGUGAGAAAGAAGGAAUGGAAUGUGCUGUGUGUUUGAGCAAGUACGAAGAUGAAAAGGAAGUGUUAAGAUUAUUGCCGAAAUGUAAACAUGCUUUUCAUGUAGAUUGUGUUGAUACUUGGUUAGAUGCGCAUUCUACUUGUCCUCUUUGUCGAUUCCGAGUCGACCCAGAAGAUGUUCUCUUGAUUGUACAAGAACAACAGAGAGAACUGCUUAGUAGUCCUUCGGAAGAAGAAGCCGACAAGAAGAAAAACAGAAACCACCCUGUAACGGACUCCAAAAAUCGAAAUUCAGGCGCUGAGGAAACAGUAAUAGGAAAGACCGGGAGGAUAGUGUUGGGCCGUCAUUCAUCGGCAGGGGAAAGGAGGAGUCGACAUUUUCUUAAUGAGGUAGCAGUUGUGAGACCCUCAGGUGGUGUAGGAGGCUCUUCUUCGGUUGCCAAUUUUCAAGACAUUGCGGCUUCUAGACGAUCACUAGAUAGUGCCGGCUCUCUCAGAAGGAAAAAGGAAACGACGUCUUCAACUUCUGUAAGCAUGGGUUGUUUUGACAGAGGAGGGUAUCGCAAAGACGGACUCUUAAUGGUGAUGCCAUCAAAGAAUGAACAACAAGAAGAGGAACAAGAGGAAUUAAAGCCAACCACCACCGUUGCUGACAACACGGAUAGAGAAAGUUUUGUACGAAGAUUUGAGCAUCGAAUCAUUGCAUUACCCUCAAGACAAAGAGGAGACCUGUUUAAACAUCGAUGGAGCGAUCUGAGACCGUCGGAUAUGUUGUUAUUGAAGGCAAAGAUGAUUAAGAAAGAAAUGACUGUUGCUCGUCGGGAACAAGAGCAAGAAGAGGGGAGUAUGGCUGUCAACAGAAAUGACGAUGACAAUGUGAGUGGUAGAAAUGUAAUAAACUCGAGAAGCGUAUCCGAAAUAACAGGAAUAAGUAGGUUUUCUUAAUGGUAUGAGCUGUUAGUAUAGGGGACUGGUAGGCCAAUUCAGCCAAGUAAAGAGGAAGAACAAAAACAGGAAAUGAGGAAACAGUUUAAUUGAAAUAUUGAAUACAAAAUAAGAAGAUGAGGUUUUAAAAUUUUAGUAAAGGAAAAAAGAG